AUGGCUGAGCUUUCAAAGGCUGAAAUCGAAGAUAUCAAGGAAGUUUUCGACCUUUUCGAUUUCUGGGACGGUCGCGAUGGUAUGAUUGAUGCCGUUAAGGUUCCAGAUCUUCUUCGAUGUGCUGGAAUGAACCCAACCAUCAAGAUCUCUCUCAAACACGGAGCCACUAAAAAGGCCGGUGAGAAACAGUACAAAUUCGACGAAUUUCUUCCCGUCUACCAGGCCAUUAUCAAAGAGAAGGAAGGCGGAACAUUUGCGGACUAUAUGGAAGCUUUCAAGACUUUCGAUCGUGAGGGUCAAGGCGUUGUGAGUGCUGCUGAACUACGACAUGUCCUCUCUGGAUAUGGUGAAAGGCUCAGCGAUAAUGAAAUCGAUGAUAUCAUCAAGCUGACACAGCUCCAUGUUGACCUUGAUGGCAAUGUGAAAUAUGAGGAAUUCAUCAAGGGAGUCCUUGAGGGACAGCCGAAAUAA